UGGGACGGCGGCCGAGUCCUCUCCCCGCCCGCGGAACCCUCUGGAUCGGGUUGUCGCGACUCCUUAAAAGUUUCCGUCUCUGAAAGUACUUGGAAAAAACCAAAACAACAUCAACAACAUGCUCUUCGGCAGUGAACACCCCACGAGGACGGCCUGUGCCCCGCUCGCCUCCCGGGGCUCCGCCUCCGCCUGCCCCGGCCCGAGCAGGGGAAGGAGCCCGCGGCCCCGUGCUGGGGCGGAGCUGCGGGGACCCGGGGGCGGCGCCAGGCGGGGCGGCGAGGGCGGAAGGCCCGGCGGAGGCGCGCGGAAGGCCCCUGCUCGGCGCGCCAUGGAGGCCCGGCUGCUGCGCUUCUGCCACUGGAGCACCCUGGGCGUGUGCGCCGCGCUCAAGCUGCCGCAGCUCUCGGCUCUGCUGGCGGCGCGGGGCGCGCGCGGCCUCAGCCUCCCGAGUUUGCUGCUGGAGCUGGCGGGCUUCCUGGUGUUUCUUAGGUACCAGUGUUACUAUGGUUACCCACUGCUGACCUACCUGGAGGUCCCCAUCCUCAUCGCACAAGACGUCAUCCUCCUGCUCUGUGUCUUCCAUUUUAACGGGAACGUGAAGCAGGCUGCACCGUACUUAGCUGUAUUUUUCUCUUCUUGGUUUGUCCUCACUCUGCAGAAGUGGAUCAUAGAUCUGGCCAUGAAUUUAUGUACUUUCAUUAGUGCAGCCAGUAAGUUUGCUCAACUCCAGUAUCUGUGGAAGACAAGGGACUCGGGAGCUGUGAGUGCUCUGACUUGGAGCCUUGCUUCAUACACCUGUGCAAGAAAUCUUGGCAACUUUUAACUGCAGAGCUUACAUUUCAAUCUUUUUUGCAUGAUGCCCUGUGCUUAACAAAUACUUAAAACAUUUAUUGAUUAGAUGAAAAACAAACUGGGGACUGUAAUUUUAUAGGAAACAAAUGAACUUUGUUUAAAACCCAGUGUUCCUUUUUUAUAGUUUAGGCUAGCAACUUCAACCUCAACAUUUAGAAAUGAGUAAACUGUGCAUUUUUAGCUGCUCCACCUGUUUACUUUGGCUGGUUACUGUAUUCUGGUUCACCUUGGAGCCAUUACUACCGGGUCACGCAUAUUGAAAGUCUGUAAGAGUUUGCAUGAAAAUUGGCUCCUUGGCCACCUUCUGAACUGCUCUGCUCUCCACCCACUUAAUUCAUCUCUUCUGUGUAAAUCAUUGAUUUAAUCGUCAACUGUUUACAUGUUGUCUGUGCACAAACCCUUUGUUUAGCAAAUUUGGCAACAAAAAAUUUUAUGAGACUUGGUCCCUGCUCUUUAGAGGUAUACAGUUUAGUUGGAGGACCAAAGACACACUCACAUCAAUAUAUGCUGAAUGCAAAGUGUUAUGCGGAGGGGAGAUUUCUAUGGGGUUAGGGUUAGCAGAGGCAUUCGGUUGCAGGGAAUGGUGUGUCUGACUUCCAGUUUGGGUCUUUUGUGCAUUAAAAGCGACCAGGUCAGUUUAAACCGUUACACUAAUUUCCUGUUUAUUAAGUGAAGUGCUGCAUCAGGAAAAUGAAUUAAAUUAAGCAGUUCUGUUUAGACCCUUAGGAAAAUCAUAUUCCUUUCUGGGCCUCAGUUUCCUUGCCUGUACAAUAUCUAGAAAAUAAGGGAUAGAAUUCAGUAAUUUAAAAACAUUGUUUUUGCUGAGUGGGUAUAAAGUGUUUGUAAAUAAAAAUUAAUUAAAAAAAAAACAUUGUUUUUAAUUAAUGGGAGCCUUUCUUUAAAAGAAAUCUUACCCAGAAAUUCAAUAUGUAAAUAAGAUUUUUUAAAAAGUUGCUUUUUGGGGAUAGGGAAGGGAGCACACACUGUGGAAGGAGAGCUCAGCUUUCCCUGGGCAGUACCGAAGCACCUUCUAGAACUGCUUCUACUCUUACGAGCAGUUUCAAAACCACUGGACUAGGAUAUGUGCCUGAAUUUUAGAUGUUUUAUGAAAUAUAGUACUAGUUUUCUGCACCACCAAAAUAUUUCUAGAACAAUUAACACAUAUUCCUUCCUUUGUUCUGGUUUUGUUUGAAAUUUUUUUUUUAUUGCUUGUUUGUUAAUUUUUUCAUAGAGUUAAAAAAAAAAAGAAUGAAAAAAACAGAACAAAACAUAUUUCUGUAUUUAAGACAUUAACUAAACACCAAAAUGU